UCAGUAGUAAAAGACCUUUAACCUACUAAAAUCAUUGUCACAAUUUUCCUAGGUAGUUCGCAAAUUUGUAAAUACAGUGGGAUCGAAAAGGUCAGUAUUUCCGAGCAGUAGUAACGUUUCACUUGUGAAAUCACACUCGUGUAGAGAGGGCCAGAUACAUGAAUAUGAAAAUAAACUUGUUGAAAAGGCACGGAUAAGGGUUGAUGUACAGCAUUGUAAUAGUCAGCGCAUAACAACAUCGCAGAGACGGACCACAGUCGCCCCACAUCAAUAUGGAGUCGAAAAUCGGUGCUGACCAGGCACAAAACUCCGUCUACGACAAGGAAAUCGGAAGCAAUCUGACCAACGAUGAGUCCUCAUUUCUGGGCAACAUACUGCGCGAAAUCCUGUACAGCCCGAUGAACCUGGCCCUGCUGGCCAUCAUCUGCUUCCUGGUCUACAAAAUCGUCCGCGAUCGCACCGAGGUGCCCUCCGUGGGCGUUGCAAAGCCCUCUGAGCCGGAGCUGCCCAAGAUUCGCCGUGACUUCACCGUCAAGGAGCUGCGCCAGUACGACGGAAAUCAGCCGGACGGCCGCGUUUUGGUUGCCGUUAAUGGCAGCGUUUACGACGUUAGCAAGGGAAGGCGUUUUUAUGGCCCAGGUGGACCCUACGCCACAUUCGCCGGAAGGGAUGCCUCUCGCAACUUGGCCACUUUUAGCGUGGUUUCCAACGACAAGGAUGAUUACGACGACUUGAGCGAUCUAAGUGCCAUGGAAAUGGACUCUGUGCGCGAAUGGGAAAUGCAAUUUAAGGAAAAAUAUGAGCUGGUUGGCAAGCUUUUGCGCAAGGGCGAGGAACCGACCAAUUAUGACGAGGACGAGGACGAUGAGAAUGUCAGCAAUGACCUACCCAAGUCGAAAACUGAGACUGAUGACAAGAAUCAAGGAAGUCACAUUUUGCAAGGCAACAAUGCAACCAAAAAGAACGCACAAGAUCAACCAAUUUCUACCGAUUGUUAGCGAAUUCAGGUUUUUGUUUUGCUUUUGGAUGUGGCUGUAAUAGUUUAUUUCGGUUAGAAACACAAAAAAAACUAAAUAGCAUUUCCGACUCUUUUGAUGCUGCCUCUGCUCCUUUAACUGAAACUGAGAACAAGACCUAAUUGGAAAACAUUUAAAGAAAACACCCUGAUUUGAGCCAUACCAAACAAGGCAUUGAAUUCACCAUGAACAUUUAAAAAGAAUUUGAAAGGUUAUACGAAGGUUUUUUUUUAAUGUUUUUUCUUAGAGUGCAGCCUUGACAAAAGCUAUAGUUGUUACUAUCUAUUUCACGUUGUGAUGUGAUCUUGUUCCAUAUAUUAUAGUAGUACAUUCAUACACAUGUAACAAACGGAAAUCAUAAAAUUAAUUAAGGAGGAGGCCAAUGUGUGAGGGUAUGGGAGUCAUUUUCGUGGCAAUAUAAAUUUAAAUGUAACUAUAUUUGAAAUACAAAUUAAAUACUUAAACCUAA